AUUUAGUUCUAAGUUUAUGUAAAUUUAUUUUGCACAAGACUACAGUGUAAAUUUUGGUUCCUGAGUGUGUUUUUGCGGAUUUUCUAGCUUGCAGGCAAGAAAAAUUUUACAUUCCCAGACACAUUUUUAUUUGUGAAUGUAAUGAGUGUGUCAUCGCUGGUUCACCUGUAAGGCUGCCAUUUAUCACACACUCAUUUUAAAGAAAUUUCAAAAUUCUAAAUUUAAUUUUCAAAAAGUCCAACAAAUCAUAAAGUCAUCAUGUAGUUCCUCAUAUUUAAUCUGCCCUUCUGUUAGAAGCACAAGGUUUACCUCUGAACUAUAGAUGCUCUCUUCAGUGGAUCUCUGACCUGCUCAUCUGGUAGAACCAGUCAUGAUUUGUAUAGUCUGAGAGAACAGAGAGAACUAGAGACACUUUGUGUUAACUGGAGAGAGGAACGCAUACAAUACGAAUGGAAAUAUAAUAUCAGGAUACGCCUCAUAGAGUGAAGAUUAAAAGACAGAAAGUGCAGCUUUCCUGCGAAGGCCGACUACUGCUGAUUGUCGGCUCCCAGCGUACGGAUCCAUGGCGUAUGGAUGAGGGCUUUUCAGCUGUUAUCAAUCCAAGUCUCGCUUUCAAUAUUACUUCCAAAUUGCCCAACUUGUGUACACAAGGCACUCAUGACGUGUUUGAGAUAGGCAGAGAACAUUCUUCAGUUUGAGCUUCCUCUCACAAGCUCCAGCACAAGCUCUUUGACGCAUUUCCAGUGCAUUCAUUUUCAAAGGUAAACCUUUUGUGCUGAUACAGCAAGGAGGAAUGAAAUGGGUGUUAUGUUAUUCUUCACAUAACACCAUGAGAGAUAUCGUCAGUACCACCAUCAUCAACACCACAAGUAUCAACACCACUUAAAGAGAUUUCUGCUGUUUAUUUUGGCCACGAUGUCCAAAUAUCAGGAGACGAGCCUAAAUGAGAAUGUUGUCAUUCUUCCUGCAAACGAAUCCAACCCAGGGUUUCUCUAUUCUGAGCUGGAACGCAGUGCCCUGGAGUCCCUGUUCAGAGACGGUCCCAAAGCUUUCUACUCCAAACUGUCCGCACAUAGACUCGAACCCUUUCUCUCCCCAGAGGAGGUGAACCAAGUCUCCAGCUGGGUGGAAGAUCGUCACACGGAGGUCAUCGAGAAUGGCGAUGUCGGGAGUGAAAACAGCUCAGAAACGCAGGAGAUCUCGGGUCAGUAUUUCCCUGAGAUUUCAGACACACCAGCUCCGUGUCUGGAGCUCGGCUGGCCGGAGAAGGACAGAUGGGAUGGUGUGCAGCGAGUCAUGAUAUACAGCAAUCCUCCAAUGGAGCAGGCGCCUCACAUCCGUGAGGUGAUCAGGAGGCUGCUGCAGGGAGCCACCAGGCUGAUCGCUAUUGUUGUAGACCGACUCACAGACAGCACAGUGAUCGCAGAUCUGCACUCGGCCGCUUUGCGAGGCGUUGUUGUCUACAUCAUCCUGAACCAAAGACCUGCACGAGAGAACCUAACACCAAACCAGCUCAAGCACCCGAAUAUAAUAGUUCGGAUUUUGGGUGGAAAUACGUUCGCAUGUAGCGAUGGGAAGAAGGUGGUGGGAGAGCUGAAGGAGAACUUUAUCCUGGUGGAUCUGGACACAGUGGUUCUGGGCAGCUACAGUCUGACCUGGUUAGACGCUCAUCUACACCGUCAGCUCGUCACAGUCCUGAGUGGCCCGGCAGUGGAGAUAUUCGACAGGGAGUUCCGCAUCCUCUACGCCGCCUCACUACCUGUUCCUGACUCCUGGAAAGCUGCCAAACCCAAGGAGCUUCCAGUGAUUGAUAAAACUCUUUACCAACCAGAACCAAAUCCCCCAAGACAAGAUCUGCAGGACUGCCCACCCAGCCCUCCACCACCCACUGCUGGCUCUCCGAUCGACUGGGACACGCUUGGGGUCUUUCGGAAGACUAAGGUCUCUCCACAAGAAGACCAGGAUUUACCUGAGUAUUUUGAAGAACUGCCAAUGUCACACAAAACAGGACCUGACUGGCACAUUUGGCCUCCUGGAGCAGGUGUAACAGAUCUUCAUAUCAAUGAAUGUCAAGAUGAAAACAAGUUACGUCGUUUUGUGCCUGAGCCGAGGCACACGCUGGAUCAUCAAUCAAUGUUUUGGUCCGCACAAAAACCAGAGCGACAUCCAUACGGGUUUCUGACAGAACGUAACGAGGGACUGGGCAUGCUCAGGCACAGAGACCUCUGGAUGGAGAGGAAGUCGAUGGAAGGACCUUUCCAAGAUUUUGGACCUUUCUCACACACUCAAAGACAUGACUAUCUACCUAGCUUGGACAGGAGUAUGGGGGGAAAUACCAUCCCAGAGGAGACGACACCUGGGUCAGAUGCAGGUCCACUCAAUCACAAGAAACCCAUUAUUGUGUGUGUUCCUCAAAAUGAAAGAUCUUGGCAACUUGGUGAUAUCCUGAAAAAGAUCAGCAGUGAUCAGAGCACCAAGGGCCUGCAGUCAAACAUGGCCAAAAAUCCAAUCAGCAAAUCCAGUCUGGACCUGAGUUCACCAGGACCCGAGACUCUGCAGAGGAGCCAGAGUCAGGCCAAUUUAUACGACAGUUUCCCGAUGACUCCGGCUCUAGCGCUGAUAAAUAAACGCAACAACGAGGUCAAAUCUUCACUUCUGAGAAGUUUGCAGCCGCUGUCCAGACCCCGCAGUUUCAGCUUUGGCCUGAAGAAAUCUGCUUUCCUGAGGGAACGCGAUAAUGACGAGGACAAAUGAAGAAAUCCUGACCGGAUGAGUACGACCUGACGCAGAAGAUGAUCACGGUUCUGACAUCUGGACGUCUUUAACCGUUACUUCAAGCCAAGCGACGACCUUUUAUUCAAUGAACGAUCGAGGACAUGUGUUAAUAAAUCACCUGAACUAAAGACAAAGUGCCUGUAAUGUCUCAGUGGUACAGUAUGGCGUUGGAAGUUCAUAGUACCAGAAGGACAUUGGGCCAAAAGAAGGAAUGUUUAUUAGAAUCAUCACAUUUUACCUACGUUUAAAUCUUAAUGUUUCACAUUCUCCGUAUUUCUUGUAUAUGUCUCAUCGUCCAAAGCUCAUUGUCCGUAUAUGUCUCACCGUCCAAUGCUCAUUGUCCAUAUAUGUCUCAUCGUCCAAAGCUCAUUGUCCGUAUAUGUCUCAUCGUCCAAAGCUCAUUGUCCGUAUAUGUCUCACCGUCCAAAGCUCAUUGUCCGUAUAUGUCUCAUCGUCCAAACCUCAUUGUCUGUAUAUGUCUCACCGUCCAAUGCUCAUUGUCCGUAUAUGUCUCAUCGUCCAAAGCUCAUUGUCCGUAUAUGUCUCACCGUCCAAACCUCAUUGUCCGUAUAUGUCUCACCGUCCAAACCUCAUUGUCUGUAUAUGUCUCACCGUCCAAUGCUCAUUGUCCGUAUAUGUCUCAUCGUCCAAAGCUCAUUGUCCGUAUAUGUCUCACCGUCCAAACCUCAUUGUCUGUAUAUGUCUCACCGUCCAAUGCUCAUUGUCCGUAUAUGUCUCAUCGUCCAAAGCUCAUUGUCCGUAUAUGUCUCACCGUCCAAAGCUCAUUGUCCGUAUAUGUCUCAUCGUCCAAUGCUCAUUGUCUGUAUAUGUCUCACCGUCCAAAGCUCAUUGUCCGUAUUUGUCUCACCGUCCAAAGCUCAUUGUCCGUAUAUGUCUCAUUAUUCGAGCAAACCACAUCCUACUUUUAUUCAGUUUAGAUUUUCCCGGACAUCGUCUUUCUCUCACUUCUGAUAGGAGCUCUUGAAGUUAAUAAGUUGUCGUGUUAUAGAGAAACUUUAACGUAUAAACCGGUUUGUCUUGAAGAUGUCAGAGAAGCUAAAUCUGUAGCUUAAAUCUUAAAUAAAUAACUUCUUACAGAAAUCUACCCCGUAUCAUUGUCGUAUGUUUUACGUGGAAGCGUCCGCUUUACGUGUCCCUGUGAAUGAGCUGUCGCUAUAGAAACAAUAAAGUAUAUGGAAGAUCGCAUGAAUAUAAAUCCGUGACUGUCAGAGCUGCUGUUUAUUAAAAAAUUAAUUAAUCAACACCUUCUGACCAAUUAAAUCUUUCUGGCUCAAAUAGCGAUGAACAUUUUGUACGUGAUCUCCAAUCCAUCUGUAAUACCACAACAACCCAUUAACAAGGUCUCCUCAGGAUCUUCCACGGCUCCGAGUCGCCUUACAGUACCUGUUGAAGAGUUCUAGCCGAAGAGAGAAAGUCUUAAACCCAUUUAAAAGAAAAAAAAUAAACUACCUUUUAUUUAAAAAAAGGA